CCUACAUCCACAUACACACUCUCUCAAGACGAAAAUCGACCCCUUUCUCAACCCACUUUCUUUCACCCUUCUUUCUGGCCAGGUAGCCAUCAGCAAGAAGAAUAUCAAGUCUCUUUUUUCAUUUCAUUCAACUCUGUUUAUCAAUCCUCUCACGGAAAUAAUUUUCAGGGUGUAUAUCGACAUUCGACCUCUUCCAUUCUACGAUCCAGCAGAUAAUAUCCGUUCAACAAUCUCGCUCGACACACGGUUUGAGGAUCACAUUCGUUACUUUACAACUUUUCGUUUCACUCAAAACAUUUUUGUAUUACAUUGAAUUCAACGUUUUCAAAAAUACCAUAUUCGAAGACCAAUCUCAGCACAUAUUCGACUAUUCAGCAAAACACAACAGCAAUCGACAAAAUGACACAAUCAUUCUCCCAAGAUCACAAGCGUACUGAACGCCGUCAUCACAGAAUGGACGCCGAAUUGCAGGCGCGCGCAAGACCAUACUCUCUCGUUCGCAAAGAUCCUGUAAAAGAGAUCAGAGAAUUCGUAGAAAGACACGCUGAAGACGGACGUUUGGAACGUCGUCUUGGCGGACUUCUUGGCGGCGGCGAUAGUGGUGGUGGUGGUGAUAACGGUGAUUCACCAUCAGGUAGCUCAGGAGAGAAUUCAAGUAAUGGAUCUCAGCGAGGUAGUGGGGAUAGCGGUAGCAGCAGAGGAGGAGGUAGCGGUACCGUUGGCGGAGGCAAUGCCGGUGGAGGCACCACGGGAGGAGGCAACACUGGUACCAACACCGGUACAGGAACCAACACUGGUACCAACACCGGUACAGGAACCAAUUCUGGUGAUAGAUCCGGUAAUAGAUAUGGUUCAGGUUCAGGUUCAGAUUCAGAUUCAGGUACAGGUACAGGCACAGGUGCAGAUGGCGAGAACAGCAGCUCAUCUUCUAGUUCAAGUUCCAGCUCCUCUGCUGCUAAAGAAAGCAAGGGAAUCAUCAAAAGUCUAGAAUCCGAGCUUCGCCAUUCUUCAACGAGUUCAACUUCUUCCUCUCCCACUAGUACCUCGAGCAGUUCAACACCGACUAUAACAUCUACAUCUUCAUCAUCCACAUCAACAACUCCCAUGACACCAUCAACUUCUGUUGCCUACGUCACACCUACUGCUGCCUCGCCAACUCUGAACAAUGCAGCAGCAAGUGCAAGUGUAAGCCCAUCCGAUACUCCCAGCAGUGGACCAGGAGCUGGCUUGAUCAUCGGUAUCGUUGCUGGUGCCUUAGCGGGUAUUGCUGUCUUGGUUGCUCUCGUAGGUUUCUUGAUCAAGAAGUUCUCAAAGAAAGAUGAUCCAUACCAAAACAAUCCAUUUGACAGCGGUGAUUUCCGUCGUCAAAGUGCAAUGUUGCCCGACACUUUCGAUGAUAUUGAUCCCAAUCCUGAAAUGUCUGAAUUCAAUCAUCGCGACAAUAUGAGCCCUUUCAAUGAUGAAAUGGAGUACGCUGCUGCUGGAGCAGGCGUGGGAGCUGCUUUCAACGCUCGUAACGAAUCUGGCGGCCCUCGUCCUCCAACUAUGUUCCAAAACCAUAUGAAUGCUCCUGCUGCUCGAUCAGGCCCUGGUGGUGAUGUACCUCCUGUGCCCAUGAUCGGCUCUGUAUUCAAUCCAAAUGGUGUUGACCCCUCACCACAAUUGCCUCCAAUGGCAUUUGGAGGAUCAGAUCCUUACAGUAUGGCAGGCGUUGGAAGAUCAAACUUUGAUAAUAACAUCAAUAACCCGUACGGAUAUUUGGACCGUCAAUUCAGCGCAUCCCGUUCAUCUCCACAAGACAACUUUGUCGAUGCACCUCAAGGCUAUGCUGAUUUAGCUCGGACAGGAUCUGACGGAUCCACGCAAAAGAGCGCAGGUCAAAUGUACUCUGUCCCAGAAAGCAAUGAGUUCAGAUCGUAUGACUAUCAUGACACGGCCGGUAGACCUGGUACCGCAGAAGGACGAAGUGGUACACCUGAUCUUCCCAACGUUCAGCAAACUUAUGCUAUGGCGGAUGACCGUGAAAAUGACGGCCGAGUUCAAUCUCCAAACAGACAGAUACUUGCACCUUCACCUCAUCCUAGUCAAGAUUUCCUUUCGAACGGAAGCAUGCAACCAAAUCAACAACACAUUCAUCAAACACAACAAUACAACCAGGAUCAAUUCGACAACUACCAACACUCUGACUCACCAAGUCCUCCUUCGCAACCAUUGCAAGUGCGCAACUUGUUGCCAAAUCCACAUCUCGCUGUUCAUCAGAAUAACGAACAGCGUCCUGUGAGUGGAGUGAGUAGCGUGGUAGAGGACGAAGCUGCUUAUGGAGGUGUUUGGUAAUCGUCUCUACUAAAGUACAAAGCUGGAACUUUUACUUUAUUGAUAUGGUAUCAAGAUUUUCUUUUUCAAUCUUUCUCACCUCAAUUUCUCAUCGUUUAUGGAGCUUUGCUUUUAAUUCUCUGCUCGAUAUUUGCUUUCUAUUUUCACAUUCUUUAUUGCACGGACUUUAUCUUUCCAACUUGGGCUAUUGCGCACCACGUACACUUUGUUUGCUCGAGUACGUUUGGGUAGCGCCAUUCAAUGUCCUGUAUUCUUUUCCAUAUGAUCAUGAAUUGGAUC